AUGGCAGAUAUAUCUGGAAAAAGUAACAACUCUUUCGUUCUCGAAAAGCCUUUUUCGGUGAGAUUCGAAGAACGCCCAGUUCCAAAGCUCGAAUCUGAACACGAUGUCCUCAUUGCCAUAAACUAUACCGGUAUCUGUGGAUCAGAUGUUCAUUACUGGGUUGAGGGAGCGAUUGGUUCUUUUGUUGUGAAAGAUCCCAUGGUAUUAGGCCAUGAAUCUGCAGGUACAAUCGUCAGCGUGGGGUCAGCAGUCAAAACUCUCAAGGUUGGCGAUCGUAUAGCCCUUGAGCCCGGUUAUCCAUGUCGCCGUUGCCCUGCCUGUCUUUCCGGUCACUACAACCUCUGCCCGGAAAUGCACUUUGCGGCCACUCCUCCAAUCGAUGGAACUCUUGCUGGAUUUUACUCAUCUCCAGCAGACUUCUGUUACAAACUUCCUGAGCACGUCUCACUCCAAGAAGGUGCUUUAAUGGAGCCUCUUGCGGUGGCAGUCCACAUCUGCAAACAAGCUGUUAUCACCCCAGGGCAAUCUGUUGUGGUAAUGGGAGCAGGUCCCGUCGGUCUGCUAUGUAUGGCAGUAGCUCGCGCAUAUGGAGCAUCCAUCAUUGUCGCAGCUGAUAUUCAACCAACUCGUCUCGAAUUUGCGAAAUCCUUCGCUGCCACUCAUACCUUCACCCCUCAGCGAGUUUCCGCCGCAGAAAAUGCAUCAAAUCUGAAAUCACAGGUUGGACUGCCAGAGGGUGCCGACGUUGUAAUUGAUGCGUCAGGAGCAGAACCAUCCAUCCAAACGUCUAUAAAUGUCGUACGCCGCGGAGGAACGUAUGUCCAAGGUGGAAUGGGCAAACCAGACAUCAAUUUCCCAAUUAUGGAGUUGUGUACCAAGGAAAUUACAGCCAAAGGAAGUUUCAGAUACGGAAGUGGAGAUUACGCUCUUGCCGUACAACUGGUGAGCGGUGGAAAGGUGGACGUGAAAAGGUUGAUUACUGGAGUAGUCCAGUUCGAGGAUGCAGAGGAGGCUUUUAAGAGUGUGAAAGAAGGAAAGGGCAUCAAGGUCUUGAUCAAGGGUCCAAAUGAAAAGUGA